AUGCGAGGAUCUGUUUUUGUCCUUUUCGCCAUAGCAGGGAUUUGCGUGGCUGAACAAAACCUUCCAGAAGGUACUUCACAAAUCGGGAGUGUUCAUACGCCGCGGAUCGUCGGGGGAGAUACAGCUGAACCUGGACAAUUUCCGUACAUAGUUGACAUGAAGAUGUACCACGUGAACGGCCAAUUUAUCUCCUGUGCAGCCAGUAUCCUUACCGAAGACUUCCUUCUUACAGCUGCUCAUUGCUGUAAAGUUGGAGGUGUAGAUGUGAUAAAAAUCACUGCUGGGGAACACAACGUGCGGGAAGAUGAUGGAACCGAACAAUUGAGAUCAGCAAGCAGGAUUAUCCCCCAUGAGGAAUAUAAUUCCAAUCUCUUCUCGAAUGAAAAUGAUAUUUGUCUGCUGCAACUCGACGCCCCGUUGAUUUUCAACGAACAUGUCUCAGCAAUUCCGCUUCCUUCGAGAUUCGAUGAGCCGUCAACUGACACACCGUACCUCAUCAUGGGAUGGGGUACACUGCAAUACGGAACCCAUCAAAUGCCGGAUGAGUUGCAGUGGGCAAUCGUGAAUUACGUGGAUUUGAAGACAUGCAGAGAAAACUAUGCGUCUUCGCCGUAUCCAGUCACUGACGAUAUGAUUUGUGCUGGCAGAACUGACGAAAGAAUUGAUACAUGCCAAGGUGACUCCGGUGGGCCGCUGGUAGACAGUGAGACGGGCACACUCGUUGGAAUUGUUUCUUGGGGGAAUAAAUGUGCUGAACCUGGGUUUCCCGGAGUUUACACAAAUGUUGCGCACUUCAUCGACUGGAUCCUGGAAAAAAUUAGUGCUGCUGCUUCUGUGUGA